CUGACGAUUGAACCGUCCCGUCAUACCUCGCGUGGCCAACGGCUCUCUCCACCAAAUGCUCGCUCAUUGAAUUAUCGUAUUCAGCCUGUUCAGCUCGAUUUAGGGAAAUAAUUUGGAGCAAAGCAGGUCGGGCUAGCUCAUUCCACACCUGUUAUCUGUCACUGACUUUCCCGGCCUUCUGUUUAUCUGACUGCAGCGGUGGGGCGUGCUUUCCUGGGUUCGCUGGCUGGAUUUGGUAGGGGAGGCAGGGGGAAGUACGGAGCUGGUCCUGAGUGAUGAUGGAGCUGGAGUCGGCCAGUAAUAGAGGCGAACUGGGAGCUGCGGGGGACUCGCUGCAGCCACAGACUCCCAGCAGGCACGAAAAGAGCCUGGGACUGCUCACGACCAAGUUUGUGACUUUACUACAGGAGGCGAAGGACGGAGUGCUGGAUCUGAAAGCGGCGGCAGACACCUUGGCAGUGCGACAAAAACGACGUAUCUAUGAUAUCACUAAUGUGUUGGAGGGAAUUGGACUGAUAGAGAAGAAGUCCAAGAACAGCAUCCAAUGGAAGGGUGUAGGUCCAGGCUGUAACACCAGAGAGAUUGCCGAUAAGCUGAUUGAUCUGAAGGCCGAGCUAGAUGACCUGGCUCUCAGGGAACACGAGCUGGACCAGCAGAGAGUCUGGGUCCAACAGAGCAUCAAGAAUGUCACAGACGACUCUAACAACAGCCCUAUGGCAUAUAUAAAACAUGACGAUCUCUGUGGAGCUUUCAAAGGUGACACACUCCUAGCAAUCCGUGCUCCCAUUGGCACACAACUAGAGGUCCCCAUACCAGAAGCUGUAAGUUAUGUCCUCAACGGUCAGAGGAAAUACCAAAUCCGUCUCAAGAGUUCAUCUGGUCCCAUCGAGGUUUUGCUGGUCAAUAAGGACCCAUCCAGUGCCUCUCCUGUUGUUUUGCCUGUCCCUCCUCCAGAUGAUGUCCUUCAAAAUCUCCCAGCGCCGAUACCUACCUCUCAGCCGCCCACUGCUGCCUCCCAGGUCCCCAAAGCAGCUCCAGCAACAAAACCUGGUCCUGCCACAAUGUUAGCUACAGCAGCCAACCAGACAGCCUCAGUGACAGAAGUGUCAAGCACCACACCACUCACCCCAACAACAGAUGCAUCUGCAACAGUUACUCAGCAACUACAGUCUUCUGCCUCGUUGGAUGGAUCUGCAUCAUCCUCUGCCUCUGCAGUAUUUGAACCAAUUAAAUCGGAUCCCUCUGAAUUGCUGGACUUUCCCAAAGAGCUCUCUGACAUGUUUGAUCCAACAAAAGAGAUCAUGAGUGGAGACCUGUUGGAGGACUUGAUGUCAUCAGAAGUGUUCUCGCCUCUCCUCCGUCUGUCCCCUCCACCCAGCGACCACGACUACAUAUACAACCUGGAUGAGACAGAAGGCCUGUGUGACCUCUUUGACGUCCCCAUUCUCAACCUCUGACCCCUGAGAUUGUUGUCGGAGUGGGAAACACUUUGCCAGACAUGCUAAUCUACCUUUAUUUUCUCCCAAGUUUUCCCUCUCACCGACAGUGAAGGAGGCGAAGAGGUGCAGGAAAACCAAAAAUUAUCUGAUGAGCGUUCAAGGACACCUCUGCACUGACACGGUGAGCUCAAGCUGAGCUCAGUCACACAGUAGCUCGAUGUACAGCCUCGUGAAGAAAUACAGGCGUGAGCAAAACAUUUUACUUACUGCUUUUCCAAGGAAAUAUAGUCAAAACAAAUGAAAAAUAAUUAUAUUUUUUGAUUGUUAUGUAUGAUAAAGCAUUGUGUUUGUGUAUCAGCUUUCCCGUGUGCUUGUGAGCGAAUGUGUGUGGGCAUACUUUAGUGUGUGUGUGUGUGUGUGUGUGUGUGUGUGUGUGUGUGUGCAUGAGUUUUUUGUAUUGAAUGCUCUCUUAAAUUGAGUCAGAUGUCUCCAGGGAAAAAAAUAGCAACCCUUUUCCUAUCAGGUAAAGAGUCAUGGCAGACUUAACAGAGCACAGCCUUUAUCACCCGGCAGCUGCUCACGCAUGGCUUGAAUGAGUUCAAACACAGCUGGUUAAAUAUGCACUGUCCUCAUGUACAUAGAGAAUAUAUAUUUUGUAUUACCAGCACACAAGACUAUUGUGUAAUAAUGAAUUACAUUCGUAACACAGGCAGAGAAAUAGUUUGCAAAUAAACAAAGGUACCAGAUACAAAUAAUCAUACCGUAUGUAUGAAGUGCUUUAUUUUGAAUAAUGGGAAUUUGUCUUAAUCAAACCUUUCUGUGUUGGAAGUGAUUUUGUGAACCAGUUAGAGAAAGAGGAUAUUAAUGUUAAGUUACUGAAGCCAAUAAACUAUGUGACCAAGUUGACCAGAGUCAAGCACCAAAACAAUGCAGCAGUUUGGGGGGAAGUUUUAGAAUUCUGCCAUUUUACAUCAACACUUUUUAGGUCAGCAAGGUGCUUGGUAAAAUGUAAUAAAGUGUCUCCUCUAAGCUCCACAUUAUGUCUACCUUGUUCUUUAACUGGUUCAAUAUUAGCACUUCUACACUCAGAGGUUUGAUUAUAAAAAAUUGACUUGCUUUUGGUUUAAUUUUGCCUCUGGACCUUAGGACGUUGCAGAUCUUUAUUAACUCUGAGGUGUACAUCAGAGGAAUAGCUUUUUUUCCCCCUCUCCAAAAUGUGUUCUGUGGCGAUUGUCUUUCAAUAAUGAUGUAUGUAUAUGAAUACCAUUGUACUCAGUUCAUUUGUAUGUAAAAGGGCAUGUAUGUAUUUCUGAUGUAUUUUUAUUGAUGCAGUGAAUAUAGUCACCAUGUCACGAAAAAGCUUUUGUUUGUUUUUGUAUAUUUGGCACAUAUCCCUAUUCAAUAUUUUUUUUUUUUCCAAUGUCUGUUCUGUUUCUAGUAAAUGAAAUACUGCCUAUCACUAAAUUAAAUAUUUCAACUCUAAGCAUUCUCUCUGUGCAGGGGACAGGUGAGUAGCAGUUCACGAUGAGUUGUUAAUAGUCAAACUGUUAAAGAACAAUAUCAACGUUAUUCAUAUUUCUACAGUGCUUUCUUCUUGUUUUUGUGUAAAAAUGUUCUGUUUUGCCAUGGAUGAUGUGUAUGUAUGUACAGUAUGUACUGUGUAUAUCCAUCUCUGCCGCUUGUAUAGAAUAGUGUUUAUUUUUUUAUACCUGAUAGAUAUAUUAUUACUGCUACUAAUUUGGGGCUACACUUCAUAGUUUAAGGAAUUUAUCCACAAAACCUUCUGCUUUAUCAAAGCAUCCUGUCUCAUUGUUGCACUUUACAUCACUGUGGACAGAUUGGUUGCUACUCAUCCACUCCUUGAUCAGUAGCAGGUCAUUGUGUUUUGACAGUGUUGUGAGUUUGCCUAAUUCUUUAAUAGAGCAGCCAGGGAGUUCAGCAGUACUGGGUUGAAUGAAUCAUCUCUGUAUGUGUUGGCGUGUGAGACUCAAACCUACAGACUGUUUUUAACAGGCUCACUAUUGCUAAGCUGUAGUUGCAUCAAAAUAAACACCUUGGUAUUCUUUGUG